AGGACAGUGAUGGUGGGGUGGCUCUGGCAGCUUGGGACUGAGUACAGUCACCAUGAUUCUUCAGAGGCUCUGCGGGUUCUCUUCUGUCAUUCGGUCUGCAGGCUCAGUCCGUUUGUGGAGGAAUAUGGGUGUUACCGCAGCGGCAUUUAAUAAGGAGCUUGAUCCGGUACAGAAACUCUUCCUGGACAAGAUUGGGGAAUACAAAACGAAGCGACAGUCAUCUGGAGGACCUGAUAAUGGUGGCCCAGAGUAUCAGCAAGACACGGAGAGGGAGCUUUGUAAGCUUAACCAAAAGCAUGGUAAAAUAGACAAGAAUACGUUCCCAGACUUCAGAUUUGAAGAUCCCAAAUUUGAAGUCGUGGAAAAAACCCCAGUCCUGAAGAAAUGUAAAAUAUUUCUGGUCAUGUGUCCUAGAUGAGUUGUAUAAUCUGAUCAAAAGUAUCAGAAGAAACACACAUUUCAACAAUGU